AUGGCGACGCAACCCGCCAUUACGCCGAAGCAAUUCAAGCAUAGAAGGCGCCCGCCGGCGGACGAACGCACGCGGAAGUGGCGCGACGUGGCGGAAGGCGACGUGCUGCUCGCGACGCUCCUCGGCGUCGUAAAAGAAUGCCGCGUGACCGCUAUCACCGCGCAGGACGACAAUUGGGGGAUUUACGUCACGUGGAAGAAAAAGACUAGAGAGUUUUCCUAUCGCUGCCCGCGCUCAUCUGUACGCGCCCUUCGUCUUCGCUCCCGUCCCGUGCUUGGUAAGCAGGGGGGUGUCAUGGCUCAGGACCCAUCAGGUCCAACAGGCGCUGCUGAAGCAUCAAGCGCUGUGCCUUUUAGUGCUUACCUAGCACUGAAAGUGGAGCUAAAAGAACGAAAUCUUGCAAGGCUUAACACUCUCUUAGCAGAAAGUACAGAGGAUGAUGAUGGAAUUCCAGAAGGCUUGGAUGAACGGACUGCUGACUAUCUAGUAAAUUUGACUGGAAAAGUCAAGUCUAAUCUACUAACUCUUAAUGAGUGGCACAAUUCAGAUACUGGAAAUCUCCUUGAUCACCUUGCAAAUGAGGAAACUAAGCUCAGUCUCGUUCAGGCCAAGCUAAGUACGGCUCUAAACACUAUUGAGGAAUACAGGAGCGAGAACGCUCUCAAGACUAGUGAAAUGAACAAUUUUAAAGACAAUUUUGUUAAACUCCUCACAAGUGCAAAUCAACUGUCCAUCCUUUGGAAUGCAAAAGCUAAGGAUGUUUACCCCAUGAAGUCUUCAUACGAUCCGAAGUCAGAGCGAUUCUAUUCAUCCCUGAAUACCACCAGAAUUAGCAAAAAGACUUGGAUGAAAAAUGACGCUGCCCUUUCGCAGUUAUUUCUUCAGUGGAUUGCUGGUGGGAAUUAUAAGAGUAAUAGUAGCGUUACUCAGUUGCAAGAUCACUUUCAAUCCGGUCAUGCUGGACCAGGUCAACUUGCCUUCAUUCUAAAAAGGCUCGAAGAAUACUUUGACUACAGUCCAGAGCUGAGAUUAGCUCAGCUUAAUGUUCAAAUGCAUGAAAUAAAUGUUAAGCUACCUGAUAUGCCCAUUCAGGUUUGGUGGAAGAAACAGGAAAAGAUCAUUGAACGGAUUAUGGUCAUCAAUCCCAGUUAUGACCGGGAUGAAGCAGAGAGAUCCCUUCUGUCCAGAGUAGAGAGUUCCAUCACUGCUAGUUACGGUAUAACGCAGCAUAGUUGGUUCAAUAAUGCGCAACCGGCUGAAGUCGAAUUUUACCGCACAUUUCAUGAGAUAUGCCGAGUACUUUCAAGAAGUGCUGAGUUGAGGAGAAAUAUAAAUAACUCUACACCUCACACACGGGAAGUGAAACUUCUAUUAGGCAUGGACUCUUGGUCCGGCUUAGGUAAGAUCAUAAAUGAUGUUAAGAGGAAGUUUGAAGAAUACGACCUUGAUGAGAUUGCAGACUAUGACACCAUUGGUCGUCACUUCAAACAAAUUUACGAUACAGCUGGCAGCCUUGAUUUUCUCUGCUGUUCUUACUAUGACGAUCAAGAGGAAGCAAACCUUGCUGUUGCGGAAUCCUGUCUUCUGAACAAACAUAAGACUAUCAGUGUAUAUCUGCAACUCACCUGUUUGGCAACUGCGUUGGGAGAAGACGAUCUUGAGUACGUGCCUGAGAAAAUGAUUGAGCUAAAUCAAGAGCUUCCCGAACUGAGAGAUGAUUUCCUAAAGGCUAUUAUCAAAGAGUUCUCUGGCUUAUGUAGAAAUGAAUGCUUUUCUUUGGAGUUCAAGGGCGAUGGACAGUGGGAUGAAGUUAUCAAUAGUUUUCUCGGCAUGCAUAUUGAAUACAAUGGAAAUGAGCUUUUGUUCAAUGUCAAGAGCAAGAUCGAAGAUCUAUUCAAGAAAUUUCCGUUUCUCUCCUCUCCUCCUAAACCAUUUAAGCACAAAUGGCAAGAGGCCCCAUAUUUGGUAGACUUUGAGAAGCCGCCACUUGAUGAUGAUCCACUGGACGAAGAAGAAACUCUGCUCAAAGAUAACUUUGCCUCUAUUGCUCUCGAUGGCAUGAUUACAGAAUGGUUUUCUAAAUCUGGCGGAUUUGCCACCUUCGGUUCUUUCGAUCGUUUGUCUUCCGAUUAUGACGAGUUCAAUCGGACGAAGACGGUGCCUUCUCACUACGCUUUAGAUCAUUCUUGGGAAAGAAACUUCAAGUCUUGCCACUCUGUCUCACUUUUGAAUCCUCAACCAAGCAAUGAGAAUCAAGACGGACCCAGUGUUUCAGCAAAAUCCAAGCUGACUGUUGCCAGGACUCUUUAUAGGCAAGAGAUGUCUAGAAGAGCCACUAGACUGGUGCAAGAUCAUCGCAGGCGUGGACUCUCUCCAUCUGUUCCAUCCUGUCAGACUACGUUCAACACAAACUCAUCGCUCAUACUAACCGACCAUAAAUAUGCUUCUUUGGCUACUUGUAUUGAAUGUGCUUUGUUGAGUAUAUUUGAGGUAGAUGAUCUCCGAUGUUUGUUAGGCUCCUCCUCUCCUCCCUUGUACUUUAAUUCUCCACGGUUUAUGCGUAAGGAGAGUUGCGGGGCUGAACCUGAAAAGGGAAUUCCUCGUAGAAUUAAUCCGAAACUGGGUUACAUUAUCGGAGAGCUACACGCAGCUAACGCACUAGGAGUCACAACACCUGAAACUCGCGAUGAUCUGCAAGAUCGUUUGAAAAAAUCACUUGCCGACCUAGGCGUGCCGAUGCUCGAGCCAGCACCUGCUCUUGCUCACGAACCUGAGCCAGAGCCCGAAGCUGCUCCUGCACCCGAGCCUGCACUGGAACCAGCACCUGCUCCUCCUGCUGGGCCAGAGCCCGAACCUGCUCCUGCACCCGAGCCGGCUCCUGAACCGAGGCCCGAGUCACUGAAUCCGAGAGACAGUUUUCAUCUUUAUUCGAAAAAGCAACGCCAGUCCGCUAACUCGAUGAUCAUGGACAACCAAGAUGAACCUAAAGAAGCCGCGGAAUUAUAUGAAUUCCUUUUCAACAACUACGACAGGAAAUCAGCAAAACACGAGAUGAUGAUGAUAAUGAUGAAGCACCUCGCAGGUAAAAUGAGAGCCGUCUAUGCCAUGAAGAGUAAAAGCAAUGCGAAACAAAUUAAAGCAAAACGAGAUGCGUUGGGAGAAGCAGGAUACGCCUCUUUCAUAUCUACAUACUCUAACGAAAUGGAAUGCAAAUUACCAGGUGAACACAAGAGCAAACUCAAGCAAGCGGAAGAGGUGAACGACCUCAUGUUAUUAGAACGUCGACCCCGGCCGAGGAUGUGCCGACAAGAAUAUAAAGAGCCACAGGAGGAAUUUAGAAGAUUUUGGGAGACAGGAGGUGGAAAAGCAGCACAAGCGAAGAGUUUGCCGGCACAACCAAAGCAGCAGCGCAAGCGAAGAGCUAGAGCUGCCAGUGCAAAGGAGCCCAAGGAGAAGAAGCCGAAGGAGGAGGACCACGAGAAGCUCGAGCGGCAAAAAGAAUACCAACAGCGAACAAGGCAGAUCCAAGAACUCCAACAACAACUCCAACAAACAAAUCAAGCAGUACUUUCUUUUCAACGGCCUCGAGAACCACAGGCGAACAGUUUCAACAAACAAUCGUUCGAGGAAGGCGCUAAGCAAGCUAAAGAAUCACUCGAAUGGGGGAUAUCGCAAGCAACAGCAAUGAACAAAGAAGCGGCCGCUCUAAACGCAGAAAGAGCGAAAUUACAGCACCAGCAUUACUUGGAUACUACUCGCGGACCUCCUCCAGCUCAAUCGCAAGGCCAGAGUCAAUCGCAAGGCCAGAAUCCGACCAUGUUUGCACCUCCACAAACACCGCAGGCUCUUUUGCACGCACCAGCUCCAGCUGCACUGAUGCUAGCAGCUGCAGCACAUGCCCAGCAUUACAUGGAUACUACUCGCGGACCUCCUCCAGCUCAAUCGCAAGGCCAGAAUCAAUCGCAAGGCCAGAAUCCGACCAUGUUUGCACCUCCACAAACACCUCAGGCUCUUCAGGCUCUUUUUGCACUGGCAGCACCAGCACCAGCUCCAGCUGCACUGAUGCUAUCAGCUGCAGCACAUGCAGCCGCAGCAAAUGAAACCGCAGCAAAUGCAGCCGCAGCAACCGCAGCAAAUGCAGCCGCAGCACCCGCAGCAAACAGCGUAGCAGCACAGAUAGCAACCCUAGGAACUCUCCUGUUGAAUGGGGACAUCACUCAAGCUGACUUCGCGCAACUCAAGGCGUCACUAUUGCCGCCCCCGUGA